AUGACAGCAUCGACGGAAGCAGCUGGAGGUGGCCGAGGAAGGUUGAAGCAAGGCAGGAAGUACAUCAACAUCAGCCUGUCCCUCAUCGGCCUGGUCGCCCUCGCGGGCGCCGGUGUCGCUGUCGGCUCCGGAGUGGGUAUGGCCGCAAUGGCUAUGGCAGAGGAGGAGCAGAAGCAGAAGGGAACUUCCGCAAUUGCCCACUCAGUCAUCGAGAAGAAGCCCACCCCCGGGACUGGCCGCGGUUUCGCUGCUGGCAGCCAGUAGAUUGGGAGCUCGUGCAGCCCCAGUCCGCGUUUUCAGUCGCACCACAGUAUUUUUUACAUGUGGGUAUGAUGGACCAAGUCCUCUUAGGGUGCACUCAACGCUUUAGGGCAACUAGUCAUCUAGAGAAUUCGUCCAAACGCAUAUAUCUUUGCUGAAGUCUGCUCUGCUUCUGCAAUGCAUUGCAAUUCAUUUCCAGCAAGCCUGGACUGUCCCCUAGGUCGCCUCUCUUAGGAGUUCUAGGUCGCUCUCUAGGAGUUUAGGUGUCUUGUCCCCCAGGGUCCAUUCAUUCUUUGGGAUAAAUGGACUCAGAUGAGUCCUGGAACAGAACAAUCAGCAGGGUGUUCAGCGCACAGCUGCACUCAUGGUGAAUAAAUAAGUUUAUCACCUCAGCGAGGUCUUACAGGAACCUGAGAUAAGGUUGUGACACACAACAUAAAUUUUAAAUUGGGAAGUACAAUCUUCGAUGUUAGGAUUUUUUGUAAACUUUGGAGUGGUUGGGUUAUAUGUUGAGGCCUAUCAGUGUAUAAAGUGUUGCGAGGCGGAGGAGAUGUGAGAUUGCUGCGUGAGAGCAACAAAAUUUUGGAGCAGUGUGCGAGUGUGAUAUGGAGCCACUGGGGUGUAAUAUUAAAAGUUGCAGAUCCCUUAUAAAAGAGCAUGCAUUCCAGUUUUCCACUAUUUGGCC